GAGACACACCAAAAAUCUUUUGGCAAUAUCGACCCCAUUGAGGCGGCAAUUCGAUGGGAUGGAAGUCUUCGAGCACGGAGUGUUCGCGGCGAAGAGGCAUCCAUCGGAUGAACGUAGCGCUGGCUUUGUUGCUUGGGAUUACUGCAGGACCUCAAGUGGAAGCAGCCGAACCGUUCGCUGACUACCCGUACUGCUCCAACCAUGUCGAGGAAAACGUGAUCACACCCCUGCCCCACCCAGACAAAUACACCCUCCAGCAGGUUCAAAUUGUCAUGCGCCAUGGCGCUCGAACAUUGGCCACACGUUCGUCUUGUUGGGCCGGAUAUAACGUCACGUGGUCAUGCAAUGCAAAAUUUCGUGUGAGUCCACAACUCGACAACGCUACCAGUCUCCAUCACGUGUACGAUACACGGUACAUGGACGGAGAAACUGCGCUCAAGGGGAACUGCCACAUCGGCCAAUUGCUCGACGAAGGCUAUGCACAGGAGUUCCAAAAUGGACGAACAUUUCGCCAAGCUUACGUUGAUACAGGCGCACUGUUCCCAGACAACAAGCCCGCGGAUCUCACAAAUCCUGACGACGUGUUCCUGAGCAGUACAGACAUGCAUCGUACAGUCAUGUCUGGCCAACUCGUGGUCGACGCAAUGUUUCCGCCGACACGCCCAUCAUCCGCUCUGGUACCGUGGCAUGUGGGCGACAUCGCGCUCUCGUCGUACGUGCCCAACCCAACAGCAUGCCCCAAGUUGGCCGAAAUCCAAGCGCGGUACGAGUCAAGUCCCCGCUACACGGCGUGGCUUGCCAACCAGUCGCAUGUGGUGGAACUAACGAAGGCCACGUUUCAAUCCUACGACCCGAGCGUACUGUUCGACUGUCUCUUGACUUCUCGAUGCAGCCAGCCACAGAGUCUGCCGGACUGGCUGUCUCCUUCGCACUAUAAUGAAAUCUUCACGUACGAGCGCGACAAGCGCAUGAAGAUUUACCUCGAGGACCCGUCGUACGCCAAAGUAAGCAUGGCCAAGGUUAUCCUUGCCAUCCGCAAUCGCAUCCUGUCUCGAGUCGAUGGCAAUUCAACUGGUCCCCGCUUUGCACUAUAUUCAGGCCACGACGACACUGUCAUGCCCGUGCUGGCGGCUCUGGGUGGGGCUGAAUGGCUCCAAGACUGGCCUCCCUAUGCAGCAUUCCUGUCGUUCGAGUUGUAUGCCAGCAAAGCAGGCGGCCAUUUCGUUCGCUUCGUUUACCAAGGCCAACCACUGCUUCUACCUGGCUGUCAAAGCGAUUCGCUGUGUCCAUUGGAAUUAUUCAAGAAUUUGACUACGUACGCAACAGACAAGUCGAUCUGUGCUACUGCUUUGAAAGUAACGGUGCAGCCAAACACAGCCACCAACUCAAAUCGAGAUCACGAUCAUGAUGACGACCAGGAAACCCUAGUGAGUUUCAAGGCUCUCGUACUGUUUGUGUUUGUCGGCGUCCUUCUCGGUGUGGUGUUUGGGCUCAUUAUAGCCCGGACUCUGGCCAAGAAUGGCCAAGAUGCGCCCAAGGACAGCUCGGGCAAGCAUGAUUCGGUCUCGAAGAGCACAUUCUUAUCGAUCCAAACGGACAACGACAAAGAUUCGGGGGACAGUCCAAACGAGAGCGACGAGCUUCUGCUGUGCCAAAGCCCGAAACACAAAUGAUCAUCCUGGUUUCACUUAUAUAUUAUACGGAAGGAAUGGACACACUACAUGGCUGCGUAAUCCAUUUCGCUGUCCAAGAGAGACUUCAUCAGUUGGCUGUCUUCUUCCUUCGCCAGAUUUCGACGGUGCUGGCGGUACACGACGUACCCAAUGAUGCCAAGCAUAGCCACGCCAGCGACAAAGAUCACGCUCGAACCAAUGCUCAAGGACUGGGUUUCUUCCGCCUCAGCACUCGAAACAACUUGUUCCAGCGACGCCGAGACUGAAUCUGCAAGCGCCUCGGACGUCAGCUGCGGUACUUGAGCGACUUUGUCGGCAUCGUCUGGAGUUGCCACAGUCUGCAAGCACACCAAAAGAAGAACGAGUAGGGCCCGCGACGCAAAUUGCACCUUCAUGCCGACUCAAAGCGCUGCGCGAUGACCGGCACCGCCGUAACUCCAACCGUGCCGUUCGACGAUAUAAUUACACAACGGCCGCGAUCUUUGGAUUAACCUGGUA